AUGUGGGAUAAGAUCCUCCCUUUUGUGUCCGAUAACUUGAGAUUGGAAUUAAUGUCCUUAGUGGUGGAUACAGUCACAGGCGCCACAGAUAGAUUAUCUUGGCUUCUCAGUCCAAGUGGAGAGUUCUCUGUACGAUCAGCUUAUGCCCUUCUGACGCGGAAUGAGGCCCCGAGACAGUCUAUGGAGUCGUUCUUUCGCCGCAUAUGGAACGUUAUGGCACCUGAGAGAGUGAAGUUUUUUCUUUGGUUGGCAGGAAAUCAAUGUGUCAUGACGAAUGCAGAGAGGAAGAGGAGACAUCUCUGUGACUCGGAUAUUUGUCCCGUGUGUAAAGGUGGCGUGGAAACCCUUCUAUACAUCAUUCGAGAUUGCUCAGCCAUGCAGGGGAUCUGGACCAGACUUGUCCCAGCCAGAAAGCAACAAGAGUUCUUUAUGAAGCCGCUUCUACCAUGGUUGUAUGAGAAUUUAGGAGAGGAAGGAUUAAUGUUUGGAGUGCCAUGGUCUACUUUGUUUGGGAUGUCUAUUUGGUGGGGUUGGAAGUGGAGAUGUGGGAACAUCUUUGGUGAUAAUGGGAAAUGCCGGGACCGUGUGCAGGAUCUCGCGAAAGAAGUGCUUACAGCUUCCGAAGCUUGCUCGGUCAAGAAACCGAGACCGUUGCGAGAGGAACAGAUGAUCAGAUCGGCAGCAGCUGGUGGGGCAUUGCGGAACAAUUUUGGAGAUUGGUGUGGAGGCUUUGCGUUGCAUAUUGGGAGAUGCACAGAGCCUUUGGCAGAGUUGUGGGGAGUUUAUUAUGGUUUGUGUAUCGCUUGGGACAGAAAGAUCUUGAAGCUCGAAGUGGAAGUUGAUUCUGAGCUGGUGGUGGGUUUUCUUACGACAGGGAUUGGAGAUUCACAUCCGCUGUCUUUCCUGGUGCAUCUGUGCCAUGGCUUCAUCAAAAGGGACUGGGAAGUCCGCAUAUCUCACGUAUAUAGGGAGGCUAAUCGUCUAGCUGAUGGAUUAGCAAACUAUGCCUUUAAUCUUGCUUUAGGUUUUCAUAGCUUUGUAGCAGCUCCGUUGGUUGUUACUUCUCUUUUACAGGAUGAUGUACUUGGAUCUGCGCAUCGAAUGUUUGCAUUUCUUAAUUUUGUCGUAUGA